AUGGAACCAGAGCCGUCCACUUCCGCUCUCCUCGAGGCUAUCACAGCCCUCACCGCCACAGUUGGGUCCUUGCAGGCCCAAAUCACAUCCCAAGGCCAACAGCUCCUCGAGCUCAAAGCCAUAUGCAAGGAAACCGCGGACCUCCUUGGAGACAAAGACCAGGGAGCCCCUCAAACCCAGCCUGGCCCAUCGACUGGGCCUGUCACUCCUCCCACCCACCAGGGAGGAGAAACCCACACUCCAGGCACGGUUAGGCCUGGGCUCAAGGCCCCGUUCCGGCCCUCAAGGGGAACUGGAUUUGACUCAGAGGAUGAAGAACCAAGGGCUCCCAAAAAGGAGCCUCAAGGAACGCCUAGAAGGCACUUGGGGUCCCUCACCCCCUUCAAUGCAGGGUCCAGUGUAAAAAGACCCAAGAUGGACCUUCCCGACCCCUACAAGGGUGACACUAGGGGACGAAAGGCCACUCAGUGGCUUGACCGGAUGAUGCUGUGGGUAGCUCUCCACCGCGAUCAAUUCGACGAAGAAGAGCAGAUGGUUGUGUGGAUUUUAUACCACAUGACAGACAAGGCCGCCGACUGGGCUCUCCCCAUCAUUGGGAACAUCAUCAAGGGCGAGGGUAACCCCCCCACCACCAUCCAGGCCCUGACAGGCAAAUUCAAGGAGGCAUUCGCUGACCCCAAUGCCAAGCGGGCGGCCGCCAGAAAAAUAGCCGCGCUCUCCCAAGUCACCACAACCGCCGAGUAUGUAACGGAGUUCCGCAACCUCAUGGCGGAACUCGACUGGAACGAGGAGGCCUACAUCGCGCAGUUCACGCGAGGUCUCCACUGGAAAGUUAAGGAACUACUAUCAACCAAGGAUAGUGUCCCCGACGAACUUGAAGCAAUUUUUGCGGCUUCCAUCAAAAUUGACAAUAUUCGCCGCGAAAAUGAGGAGAACCGCCCUAAAAAGGCACCAGCCAAGCCCCCGGCCACCGUGGCCACCUCCACUACCACCACUAGGGUCCGCCUAUCCGAGGAUCCCAAUUAUGUCACCCCGGAGGAACAAGACCGCCGCCGCGCAGCCGGGCUAUGCGUUAAAUGCGGGCAAAAAGGGCAUGGGAUCAAACAGUGCCCCAACGGUUGGAAAGCCACGAUCAAGGAGGUUGCCAAGGUGGCAGAAGAAGAGGAUAGAAUCGAAUUUGUAAAUCUAGGACUGGAUUCAAAUAAAAAACCGCUAUUAUUUAUCAAUCUAGUUGUCCAAAAUUUCCCGGCAGAACCCCUUAAAACCCUAAUCGACUCUGGAGCCUCAUCGAAUUUCAUUUCCCCCUCGAUUGUGGAAAAAUAUAAAAUACCAAAAACCCAACUCAAAAAUCCACGAGUUGUGAGGAUGUUAGAUGGUACAAUUUCACAGACUGGUCGCAUAUGGCACCAGGUUCAACUCGCGGUCUUGGCCAAUGGCCACCCCCACACCAUCCCUUUCCUUGUUUGCCCCAUAGGCAACACACCGGCUAUUCUAGGCAUGACAUGGUUAACGGCAGAAGCUCCUUUGAUUGAUUGGCAACAGGGAUUAGUCACCUUCCCUGAACAAGUCCAAAUUGCCUUGGAAGAAGAAGCGGACUCAGAUCCUUUAGCAGACCUCCCCCCUCAGUACCAUGAGUUUGCUAAAGUCUUUGGCAAAGAAGAAUUCAAGGUCCUCCCUCCACAUAGGGAGUAUGACAUAUCCAUUGACCUUGUCCCGGACGCCAAACUGUCUCCCGGACCCAUAUAUGGCAUGACUGAUGCGGAAUCCAAGGCACUAAAGCAACAUAUAGACGAAGAAUUGGCAACAGGAAAAAUCCGCCCUAGUACCUCCUCUGCCGGCGCUCCCGUCAUGUUUGUCAAGAAGGCGGAUGGGUCCCUUAGAUUAGUCAUUGAUUACAGAAAGCUGAACGAUGUUACCCAUAAGAACGUGUAUCCCUUACCAAGGCAGGACGACCUCAUGGCCAAACUGAGGCAUGCCAAGAUCUUCACCAAGUUGGACUUGCGCUGGGGUUACAACAACGUCCGUAUCAAGGAAGGGGAUGAAUGGAAGACAGCCUUCAGAACCAAAUAUGGUCUAUUCGAGUACUUAGUCAUGCCAUUUGGACUCACCAACGCCCCAGCCGCAUUCCAGCACUUUAUGAAUGAUCUGUUUCGGGACCUCAUUGACGUCACUGUGGUUAUCUACUUGGACGACAUCCUAAUCUUCUCAGAGAACCCCAAGGACCACCCAACCCAUGUCAGGGAAGUCCUAUCACGUUUGAUGAAGAACCAGUUGUUCUGUAAACUUUCCAAGUGUCACUUCCACGUCACUACGGUUGACUACCUUGGCAUCAUUAUAUCCCCUGCGGGCUUCUCUAUGGACCAAAAGAAAAUCGAGGCAGUAACGUCAUGGCCCCAGCCCAAGACAGUCAAGCAAGUCCAGGCGUUCCUAGGGUUUGUUAAUUACCUCAGGCGGUUCAUUCCCAACUUCAGCUUGGUCGCACGUCCGCUCCACAACCUCACAAAAAAGGAAACCCCCUGGUCAUGGGGCAACCUAGAGGAAUUAGCAUUCAAGGAGUUGAAAUCUCUGGUUACAAAAUCUCCGGUCUUGAUCCACUCCAACCCAGCACUACCCUAUUACCUUGAAACAGAUGCAUCAGGGGUAGCAAUGGGGGCAAUACUCAGCCAACGAGGACCAGAUAACCGAUUACAUCCCAUUGCCUAUAUGUCCAAGUCAUUUUCGGGAGCAGAGGCUAAUUACGACACCCACGAUAAGGAGCUCCUGGCUAUCAUUAAGGCACUAGAGGAAUGGAGAAUAUUCUUGGAAUCAACGGACAAGCCGGUACAAGUGUUCACAGAUCACCGGAAUCUGGAAUAUUGGAUGCAGGCACGGACAUUCAACAGAAGGCAUGCCAGAUGGCGCGUAUUUCUGAGCGAUUUCAACUUUGAAAUUCACUAUCGCCCAGGAAAACAAUCAGGAAAGCCAGAUGCCCUCUCCAGAAGAUCAGACUUUACAGACACCCCCGCCAAACCAGAAGUCAUGUUACCAUCAGAAGUUUUUGCCAACACGUCUGAGGAAGAACUUGAGAUUGUCACGGAAAUUUGA